AUGUCAGACGUUCGAUCACUGCUCAAGGCUAAGCGACAGGAAGCACGCGUCGACCACCCCUUAGCUGCCUACACUUCGAGCGGUCAGCUCCGUUGUGUUAUUUGCGAGACCAGUGUGAAACAUGCUGCUGCUUGGCAGGGUCAUGUUGGGAGCAAGGCGCACCGCGUCAAUGCAGCUCGUAUGCGAGGGGACAGGGUUGGGAAGCAACAAGGGCAGCCACAAGAUCUGAUUGGCGAGGAAACAUCCCAGAGAGCCAAACGGAGGGCGGACGAGCUGGAACUGGCAGUUGAGGCUAACGGGGCAUCGCAGAAGAGACAGAAAACAAGUCCAGAAGCUGACACGGACACGGCUACGGCGUCAACAUUGCUCGAGAACCUACCUGCUGAUUUUUUCUCGGAUUCCCCGUAUGUCCUCGACCCCUCUCCUGGCAAUUCCCAUGAUAGCGAGAAGUCAAUUCCCUUGGGUCUUGUCAAACCUAUAUCCCCACGAGAUCCGGCUUUGGACGAGGAGUGGAUCCGGUUCCAGAAGGAUGUCCUUAACACUCCCGAUCACCGCGAAGCAUACGAUCGUGCAACGGUUGUUUCAGAACCCCAACUUAUCUCAGACGUGGCUGAAGGCUUCCCAAAGCGAUCCCAGUCUGUCGAGGUACAGGCUCAGCAGGACGAGACAGCCUUUCGAUCGGACGAGACAUCAAGGCAGAGAAAGGAGCACGAGGAACGGGAGCUCAUACUGGAUCGACUGGUUGAGGAGGAGCGUGCGCAGGAAGAAGCUGAUAUGAGGGUGAAAGCGAUGAGAAACCGCCUGGAUGCCAUUAGGCGAAAACGCGCGGCAAUACAAUCUGAGAAACUGAAGUAA